UCUGUGCAGGAGGAGUACAUCAGGCAAUACUUUGAAGAGCAGCGCCACAUGACAAAGUGUCAAAUUUGCUUAACAGAAAAUUCCUUUCUGUGGAGUGGGAUUGAAUACGUGAAAAGGACUUCUUUGCUUCAAUGUGUGUGACAGUGGAGUCUGGGCUUUUCCAUUGUCAAACACGUACCAGAUGACCAUCUUUGUGUCAACCCUGAUCCAGAGCAAAGCAAAGGUUAGGUGUCUGUGUGUGCUUAUGUUCCUGAGCUUCCCUCUGACUAUGGCUGAGAUCCCUGGUCCAUGCAGACACUCUAUCACGAGGGAGCACCUGCUAACAGUUAGACAUCUGAUGGAUAACCAGUUGAGAAGUGGCUGCUCAAUAACCUACACUUUCAUAGAACGGAGAAGUUUGAGCAAAUGCUGCUUUGUAAAAGCUGCUUUACCCUGGAUAUUGGAGCUUCUCACCACCCACUUCAAAUAUAGCAGGGGUUCAGUCAAUGAUGGCUACGUUCAGUCCCUGAGGGCUCUCAUACUUAACAUCUAUUCUCAGAAAUGUGUGCCGCAGAUAAAUGAAGAGGUUGAGGAUAAACCUGAGAGCUUUGAGAUGCUCUACAGAGGGUCUCCUUCUGAGGCUCUGCAGAGGGCUUCAGAGGUGCUGUCAGUUUACUGGGAGCUGGUGACGAUGAGUGAUGCACCAGUCGACUGGACAUGUCAGCAUGAAUACACAGAAACAUUUGGCUCUUCUACAGACUUCCCGACAGAGUCUCCCUCACAGCAUUUCACAGAGAGUUAUGAUAGGAACUCAGUGAAGGCCUCUCAGAGGAGAACAGUCAAAAACAUGUACACGCUCGGCUUCAUUAUCACCUCUAUCUGUGGCGGACUGCUGUUGAUAAUUACUCUCUACUGUGUCAUCACACAAAAGAAAACCCAACCCCCUCACAGAUCAAGAUCAUUCACAAACCUGAGAGAUCUGCAGGACAUAGAGCUGCAGGAGCAGUAAUGUAAGCGUGGUCUUCUCAACAACUUCAAAGGAAACUGAACAUUUGGAGCUGCCACAGAUUUAGAGGCCUGAAGAAUUAUGAACUGUAAUUUUGAAGUAUGACUGUAGUCAUACUUUAAAGACGUCUUUGUUUCAUUAUUCUAUCUUUUCAGGCGACAAAGAGCACAUCGCCACAUCAGCAAAGCACUUGAGAAGUUGUGCAGUUGAUAUAUCUUGUAAAAUUUUUCAUAUCAGUGUUGUGUGUGUAAUGCAUAAUGGCCACUUAUUUAAUCUGAGGCUUUCCUUUGACUGAGAGCAAAGAUGGACCUUAUUUGGUAUGAUAUGCUAUGUAUAUUAUGUUUAUGCAUUAUAUAGUGCAGAUAUCUUUUCAAGUUCACUAAAAAGUUUUAUUUUUGCACUUUUAUGUUAUAUUGAACAAUGUGUCUCUUCUGACUACCACUUAACCCUGUGUUUGUAAUGUUGUUUGCCAAAAAUGUCCACAAGUUAUUUAUUAGUUGAUUCUACUCAAUCACAUAUUGUACAAUACAAGUUAUCCAUCAGUA